AUGGACGUCGCAUCCUGUCCUGCCGGUUAUUCUCGGUUAAGCUGUGAAGGGUUUGCUGCACGAUACUCUGCUUCCCUGGAAUUCCUUCUGAAUGACACCGAUUACUUUCAGAUUAAACUGCCCUACUACGAAGAUUGCGGCACGCCUGGCCGUAAGAGCGGUGAAGACCUCACGACCGCAUGGAAGAGAUGCGCCGACGACUACACCUGCUCCACUCAAUGCGUCAACGCAUACGUGAACCGCUACAAGGGUGGAUGCUCAUCAACUGGCGAGGGAACUUGCCAAGUGAUGGCUCGUCUUCACAACGGAGGACCAUCAGGAUGCAAGAUUUCUGGCACUGAACAGUACUGGAAUGCUAUCAAGAAAUGCUGCGCAUGCUCAUAA